UUGUAUCUGUAUUAAAAGUGACUUGUCCAGAUAUGAUCCUGAUACUUAGGGCACAUAAAGAUAUUUUUCUCUAUAUAGUUUCUUUAAAGUUUCUUAGGUUCUUUAAUGGUUCUUUAGUAAAGUUAGUGGUUGUAGCUUUAAAGAACUGUCAUCUGUGAAUUGUAUAGACAUACUAACAAACUAUAGACAUGUAAACACCCAAACACCUAUUUGAAUACAGGUCCAGUAAACGUUGUGUUGUAUUGUUAUGAAAAUAACCUUUUUAAAAAAGGUUCUGCUACUGAUUUUUAGGUGGUUUAUUAGUACAGUGACUAAAUUUACUUUAUUCUUUAUACUAAAUCCUAGAUGUCUUGUUCAGUAACAUGUUUAAUAUUUUGUUAUCCCCCAAGUGGUCUCCCUCCCACAACAGAGGGCAACAGGGUGUUUUCAACACAAUGAAAGCAUUGAUCUAUGAGUGGGACACUGUGCCUACCACCGGAGCAGGUUCAGACCGUGGUCAGUUCACCCAGAAGAAUAUUGCCACUGCUGGAUCCUCUACAUUUCUCUCUGUACAUCAACCAGAGAAAAUAAUCUACUGGAGUUUUAUUCUUACUCUGAUUUUUAAUUGUUUUACGGACUGGACGAAAAUUCUGAUUGUGUUUUUUGAAGCCAAUUUGAGUCCAAUGGAGGGCUGAUCGGGUUUUUAGUGGAGAAUGAUCUCUGCUGUCAUAAUGAGUGCAAUCAUGCUGUGGGAUGAUGGAUAAACAACCAAGGACAAACUCUACUAUGGCCACUAGUGAACCUGAGCCUUACAACGAACCCCAACCUGGUGACCUCAUUGAGAUCUUCAGACCAGCUUAUCAGCACUGGGCGCUCUAUCUGGGAGAUGGAUACAUCAUCAACCUUACACCAGUUGAUGAGAGUCAAGCUGCUGCCAUGUCCAGUGUGAAGUCGGUGUUCAGUCGGAAGGCCGUGGUCAGGAUGCAGCUCCUGAAGGACGUGGUGGGGGGUGAUACGUUUCGAGUCAACAAUAAAUAUGACGACAAUCACACCCCUUUACCCGUCUCUGAGAUCAUUCAUCGAGCCCAAAUUCUGAUUGAUCAGGAGGUGUCUUAUGACCUGCUGGGCAGUAACUGCGAGCACUUUGUCACCCUACUGCGAUACGGGGAGGGCGUAUCAGAGCAGGCGACUCGCGCUAUUGGGGCCAUAAGUUUGAUGACUGCAGCAGCAAGUGCCUUCUCUGUGCUCGGACUAAUCAACAAUCGCUCCAGGAACAGGCCUUUCUGAUAGAGUAAAACUUUUAAAGUAAAGUUUCUAGACUGGGAUUAAGCCUUUCCAAUAUGAAAAGCUACAUUCAAAGCAGGGUUUAGUCCAAGUAUAGGCUUAAACCCUAUUUGGGAAACUGUCUCUUACAGUUUAAAGACAGUACAGCCUACAAUUACAGUAUAUGCACUAAGUAACUUCCCAGUUCACAAACCUUGCUUGUGUUUUAUUUACUAGUUAAUGCACUCACAAAUUCUGUGUUUCCACUAAUGAUUUGAGCCUUUAAUAUUAGAUGUGGGUUGGUAAGGUUGGUUAAAGGUUCCAUAGAAUGCAUUUAUGGGGUAUUAAAAGUUGUUCUUUGACACAUAAACAGUUCGUUUGGUGACAACUGCUCAGAUGCAGUUUUACAAACCUGUUUACAACCUUGUUAUUUCAGCUCUGCAUGAAAUAUGUGGUUUUACCAGGAAAAAUAAUGAGUUUUGCUUGUAUUGGCUGGUUUAUGGCAUUGAAAUUGCCCACAUCACUGUAGCCUAGCUUUUAACACUGAGUAUAACUUUAUAAGCUGCUGUUGCCCUACUCUAAGGGUCGUCUCUAAGCCCAGUUGCCACUUAAUUGGUUUCCCCACAGUAUAGAGCUUUUCCAGCCAUUGGAAAUGGUGCUGAGAGUGCUAAAUUCUCUUAAAACCCCUUAAACCACUUGUAAAGAACGCAUUACAACUCUGAGGUGUCUUUUUUAGGGUGAUGUAUCUUGGUUCAACCCAACAAUCAUGUGUACUUUACAAAUUUGAGCUAAACAGACCCAUAGUUUAUUACCCAGUUAAUUACUACAGCUAUGAACAAAGGCCAUCUCUGCCAUUGCUCCAGAAACUGCACAGAAAUAUGCAGUAGGACACAGGAAACUCUUUCUGUUUUUACACUUUUGCUCCGCCCCAGACAGCUACGUGAAUAAGAAGGAAGAACAUUCCCAUGUGUUUUUUGUGACGUAUUUUGAUGCGCUUAGGGUUUUCUCUUAAACUGAUUCAGACUAGAGCAAAUGAACAACAGCUCACACCUAGUCCAUAGCGUUUCAGACACAGAUCCAGUAUUUACUGUGACCACUGAUGUACUUCACUGCAAUAGCCCCCUGCCUGUUGAAGCAGACCACAAUACCAUAGUGUUUUUAUUUUACAUUUCAAUCAUCUCUUCAAGGUUUACCGUGUUAUGCUCAAAUUAUGUUCAAAAUUUGAAAUAAAGUGUGAUUAAACAA